AUGUCAUCAAAUUCGUUUCGAAAAAACUUCGAAACUCCUCGAUCUCCAUCCAGGUCUACCAGGACUAAUUUGGAGUUGCCAAGGAUCGACAAUGGUAGCUCCGAUUCGUUUACUGGGGGUGGAAUGCCAUCAACGAGUCCAAGACGAAGAAACAAGGGUAACAGCAUAUUCUCAGAUAGAUACAUUCCUAAUCGAGCCGGUGUAGACUUGCAAGCAGCGUUCAGUUUGUCCAAUCAGGAAGUCAAUAACACUGUGAGUAACAGUAAUCAUCAUCAUAGGAAUGGUAGCAGCCACAGCUCGAUCGGAAACUCUGGCCUUCUUGGCAGUUCUCUUAGCGGUGGUAUAUCAGGGACAUCUGGCGGCUCAGGGGGAGGAGGUAUUAAUGGAUCUGGAGGUGGAGUUGGUGGUAACGGUGGCUCGGGAAGCAUAGGUGGUUCCUCCGGUGUGUUGGGAGGUGACAACGAUAUAGAAAUACGAAAGGAAGAGGAAGCUAAUAAAACAUUUUCUACCAUAUUGAAGGCAGAACUCUUUGGGGACAAUGUGCCUAUGGCAGCCGUAUCUGCUAAUAAGAGACCAGUGCUGGUAACUGGCUCGAAUGACCUUUCAGGAAGAGGUAAUUUAAUGUCAUCUGGUGGUGGAGGUGGAGGAGGGAACAGCAGUACAUCAUCGGGUAGGUCCACUCCUCCAAGGUCGACCACAGCAAUGGGAAUGAAUGGAUCUGGCUCUACAUUAACAACUGGUGCUACUUCCACUACUACAGGAUCUACUUCUGCUUCUACUACAAAUAACACUGGCUCGUCAAACCUUUUCACAUUUCAGUCUCCGCAGAAGUCUCGUCCAGUCUCUCGAGAUCUCCAAUCUGAGCUUUAUUCACUAUCUCCCGUGCGCCAGGAUUCGCAGAAGUUGUUGCUCCUGCCUCAGAAGAAACCAAGGAAUAUCUCGAAAGUUCCAUACCGUGUCUUAGAUGCACCUGAGCUCUCUGACGAUUUUUACUUAAACUUGGUAGAUUGGGGUUCGCAGGACAUCCUUGCAGUAGGAUUGGGUGAUAGCGUAUAUCUUUGGGAUGGAGCCACUCAGUCUGUAGAUCGUUUGUGCAACUUACUGAACAAGGAUAAGGUAACGCUGUUGAAUUGGAUUGGCCUGGGAACUCAUUUGGCCAUUGGUACGCUGAAGGGGCUUGUUGAGAUCUGGGAUGCUACAAAGAUUAAGUGUGUGAGGACAAUGUCUGGUCAUAAUUUGAGAGUGCUGUCACUUGCGUGGAAUGAACAUAUUCUUCUGCUGGGUUCAAGAGAUCGUUCUAUAUUGAACCGUGACGUGAGAGUGGCUGAACAUUACAUCAACAGACUAGAGCAUCAUAAGCAAGAAGUGUGUGGUUUAAAGUGGAAUGUAGAGGAGAAUAAGUUAGCACUGGGAGGUAAUGAUAACAAGCUAUUUAUCUGGGAUGGGGUGAAUAACCUGUCACAGCCAUUACACGAAUUUCACGAUCACACUGCUGCCAUAAAGGCAAUACUGUGGUCGCCACAUCAACGAGGAAUUUUAGCAUCUGGAGGUGGUACAGCUGACAAAACCAUCAAAACUUGGAACACUUUGACAGGCCAACUUCUUCAUGAUGUCAACACGGGGUCUCAAGUGUGCAAUUUAGCAUGGCUGAAAAAUUCCAAUGAAUUAGUGUCUACUCACGGGUAUUCGAGGAAUCAGGUUGUCGUAUGGAAGUACCCAUCUAUGCAGCAAAUCGCUCUGUUAACUGGACAUACCUACAGAGUGUUAUACCUUUCUCUUUCACCGGAUGGUGAGACAAUUGUGACGGGAGCCGGAGAUGAAACUUUGAGAUUUUGGAACGUUUUCGAAAAGAACAGGAAUGACGAGCCUCCAUCUUCAGUACUUUUGGAUGCUUUCCUGCAGCUUAGGUAA